UUUCCAACAACUGCGGAAAAAAAACAGCACAAAUUUAAUUCGUAAUAAUACGAAAAAAAUACAAAAUUAUUAACAAAAACUAGAGAAGAAUGCACAACUAAUAAUUAUCUAUCAAUAAAAUUAUAAAUUACACUGCAAAUACAACAUGGAACUCGAUGAUAUAAUUUAUGUCGCUUGUCUGUUGACCUGCAUAGGAGCCGGGAAUUAUGUGAAGAAAAUACCCGAUGAAACCCAAAGGAAAUUCCUUAGUACAGGAUUUGGUCUGUUAAUGGUAUUCCUGGUAUCAGGAUGGCACUUGCAUUGCCUAAUAUCGGCCGGUUUGGGUGCGGCAGCCGUAAUUUAUGUCCACCCUAGCAAAUGCCAUUUGGCGGCCUUUGUUGCCAUGUUUGGUUACUUGAUGUUUUUCCGUUUAAUGGAUUCAUUUGGUUUCUCCGAGCCACCCAGUCAUACGAAUAUGAUACAAAUGAUUUUGACCUUGAAGGUGGCUGGUAUUGGUUUUGAAAAAACUGCCUCUUGGAAGAAACUUCAACAGCGUGAAAAAGAACAAACUGACAAGCAAACCGUUUCGGGAGAAGCUGGUCAAUUGGUUGAAAUUACCGAUUAUGAUGUGGAAAUUCAGUCAAUUAACAUAGUAGAGUUAUUCCAUUAUACUUUCAACUAUAUUGGCAUACUUACGGGUCCCUAUUAUCGCUAUCGCACAUAUCGUGAUUAUUUCGAAACACCUUUCAAAAAUUAUGCUCCCAAUGUACAGGCCACCGUGGAAAAGCUUAAAAGUGCUGGUAUUUAUUGUGCUUUAUAUCUCGUAGCUAAUUAUUUUUAUCCUUUAAGUUACGCCCUAAGUGAUGAAUUCUAUACACAACGUUCCUUUUUCUAUCGUCUAAUGUAUGUGUGGCCCACUUUCUUUAUAUUCCGUAUGCGCAUGUAUACCGGUCUAACGUUGAGUGAGUGUGUCUGUACUAUGGCAGGCUUUGGCGCGUAUCCCGAUGAAUCAGAUGUGGCCAACGGUGAAGGUCCCCGUAAACAAUAUCAGCAUUUGAAACGUGAUGCCGAUAAAAGAACGUAUAACUUUACUUCAAUAGUUAAUACGCGUGUCAUGAACGUGGAGAAAUGCUGGACCUUCCGUGAGGCCAUGAAACAUUGGAAUAUUUGUGUACAAUAUUGGUUGGCAGUGAAUAUAUACAAGUUGUUCCCUAGCAAGAAAUAUAGAACUGCUGCCACACUACUCUGCUCUGCCUAUUGGCAUGGCUUUCGUCCGGGUCAUUAUUUCUGCAUAAUGGGUGCUCCCCUGUAUGUGCCCCUUGAAGAUAUGUGGAAUAGUUUAGUGCGCAAGGACGCCACUGGCCUGCAGCGUCAGAUUAUUGAUGUUUUAUUUUGGAUAUCGAAAUUUUUUGCUUUCAGUUAUUUAGGCACCGCUUUUCUUUUGGUAUCCUUUGGUAAUAUAUGGAAAUUCUAUAGCUCAGUUUAUCAUAUUGGCUAUAUAGGCUGGGCUCUAAUGAUGGCUUUGGGUAUUUAUUUAACAAAACAAAAGAAAUUAGCGGAGAAACGUAGAAAACGAGCCGAAGAACAACAAGCUGGUGGCGAGCACAAAACAAAAGUACAAUGAGUUAACAAUGUAUUUUAACGAAUGUCUUCUAGCAAUAGUCUUCGUUGUUUUUUUUAACAAAUAGCGUUUUAUUUUUUUAUUUUUUAUAUACUUUUUUGUAAACAAACAUUCGCACAAAAUGUUGUUGUUUUUUUUGGUGUCAUUUAAAUUAUAGAUAUUAUAGUUAUUACAGCUUUUUUUUAUACACCUUUUUUUAUAGAGAAUUUAUUAGCUUUUUAGCAGGUUUUGUUUUUGUAUACUUACGUUUAAUUAAAUAAUCAUUAAUGAAUAUUAUUAUUGGCUUAAUUUGUUUGCUUUUGGAAAAAAAAAUAUGUAUAAUUUAUUGUUUAAUUAAAACUAGUCUUUAGGCACUCAAUACAAUACUUUUAUUUUAACACAAUCAUUUGGGUUUGAAAAAAAAAAAUAAUUAUAAAAAUUUUGCCACAAUAACAUAAUAUGUACUUGAGAUACAAAUUUAGUAUAAUUAAUAAACAGCCCUAUUCUGUUAAAGUUCUAAAAUAAAGUUGUUAUUGCAGUAUUUCAUUCUAAAUGCUUUCGAAUAUAAUUUAUUAUAAUUUUUAAUACCCAUUCUACAGAUUAGGGCUGUAGUUUUUCAAAUAUUAAUUAAAUUCUUUUAAAAGGGCUUUAACAAAUUAGUAUUCAAAUUUAUUUCCCUACAAUUUAACUAGAAAAUACAUUUCUAUUCGAUACCAGCUCGAAAUCAGCUUUUAGAUUUAUUUUUUCUAAAAUAUAAAUGCAAUAAAUUUUGUCAAAGUUUUCCUUAUAUACGCAAAGAAAAAGGAACAUUUUAGUUUUAAAAUUUUCUUUACUUAAUUUCUUAAAAAAAAUUUAGUUCAAGGUGGUUGGUAUUUUUCUCCAUCUACAGCUUUUUAAACCUAAAACUAUAUUCUUCAUAGUAAAACAAUUUCUUUAAAUUCUUGUAAAAAGAAGUGGCAAGUAAUCUGUGUAGAAAAAAAAAAACAAAUUUAGAAUAUAUUUUCGAAUAAACUAAAUAUUAAAUUUUUCAAUUUAUGCAUUGUAGACGUCUUUAGUACAGAAGCUUUUGAAAACACCAAAUGUCAUGCAGACGUGGAUUCAUCUGAAAUUAUUAACAUUAUAAAGUAAAUAUAAUUUUGUUAAUUAAUUACUGAAGUCUAAUAAAAAAAAUGUAUUAUUUGUAAAAUUGUUUAAAUUACCUGUUACCAGAGACAUGCGUCUCUUAACAUCCUGUGUAGUAUUGUAAGCGCCACAGUUAACACAUUUUAAACCAAUAAAAUGGAAUUUUGUUUUGGAA